AGCUACUGGUGUGUUGGUUUUGUGUGUGUGUGUGUGUAUUAGCUACAGUAGGAAUCUCGGUCUGAGUGUGGAGCCAGAGUUGGAUAUUCAUAUGUGGUGUUCACACAUAAACACCAAGACAAACCAGACGCUAUAACGAGCAAGCUGUAUGCCUUUCAUUUCCCUCCGUCACAAUGUGCCGGAGUGUGGCACAUGCUCCGUGGAUAUUUCUGCAGCCGUAGUAAUCCUCUUUAUAUUUUCGGCACCGGUGUGUGUAUGUGUGCGUUUGCAUGGCGGCUAUUCUGAUGUCAAAGUGCAGAGCAGCGUGCCGACUCGGUUCACCAGCUGCACCAAAAGCCUGUGGAAUUCCCAUUAUAUAGGAGACCUGUGUCUCGCUUUCUCACAGCACACGUCCGUUUCAUCCCACAUGACAUAAACACAAACCUGCCCUUUCAAUCUUUUGUCUCAUUUUGUGUCUGUAUAUUUAAAUAAAGAUCGGAAGGGAAGAUAUCAAAGGCUCCAUCUGUUGUCACAAUGCUGCCGUGAGAGUUGCGACCCUCUGCUCUGCUAUGAAUAAUCCUACACACACACACACACAGACACACUGGUAGUGGUUACCGGACACGGCUGCAUGGGCUUCCCUGAUAUUUCUAUGUGUGUAAAUACACUCAUGCAUAUAUGCAGCGUGAGCUGAGAAAGUCUGCAGUCACUCUCGACAGCUCAUUGUGCCGACGGUGCUGAUUGAGCCUCGGUAUUACAGACCCGGCAGCAUUAGCGGCGCCAAUUGAAUUGCAUUUAAAUUGCACUCAUUUCUAUCUUCUAUCUAAUACUUUGACCUUGCAGGAAACUGUAGCAUUGAGAAGACAGAUACACAACAACACACAUUGGUCAUUCUGACUGAUGGCUUGCAGGAGAGGAUAGCAUGACCUCAGAGGCAACAGAAGGAGAUAAUAGUAUUUACUUAUCUUGUGUAACAGACAAAAUAACUCCACGACCCUCGAAAUACAGACAUAAGCUUCAUAAAAACCAACAUGAAGCAUCCAAGAAGCAGCAGAAUCCAGAGUUCGUUCUCAGGCCUUCACCUCAUCGAUCAUCACACUCAUAUUCUUCUCGUCUCAAAACUUCCCUCACCAUUUCUAUGGCAACAUCGUCUCUAUUUUUGUAUCGUAUUCAAAAUGCUUCUCUUUCCUUGCCUCAAGCUCACCUCAAACUCCAAAACGCCUGAGGUGUUCCUCCUCAGCUCAACUCAAGUGAAUCCAGUAGGACCUCUUCAGCACUAUUGCCAGCACCUCACUACCAAGAAGUUUGGUAUUUCUGGACUCUACUUCGGCAACUUCUUCCUGGAAGUUUUCCCUUCGCAGCAUCUGUGGAGCUGAGGCUUUCAGCAUCCUUCAUUUAAACUCCCAUAAAUAUAUUGGCUGUAAUGGCUUAGAGACAUAUUGAGUCACACCAUGUCAGCUCUGCUCUGCGGAAUGAUGUCUUUUAUGCUCCUGCAAUUUAUUAUGUUUUUGCUUGCAGCCAAUUGCUGCUAGCGUUCUUCGAUUUAAUGUGACGUGUGAUUGGCCAACUACCACAGCUACAACCCAUACGGUCUGCGGUGUCGUCUAGGCCGGUGUAUUUGACGGGGUUGGCAGUUCCGCAUGCUCACCAAAACAUUCACCAUUAUGGUUAGGCUACCACAGUACAUACCUGUGGCGUUUGACAGCAAUUAAUACGGUGGUGGUGGCAUUUUACGCAACUAAAUGCUUCUGAUGGGUAUCAAAGGAAGUAGGGAAAAAAGGUAUCAAAUGAAGUUUUCUAUUGGUAUCUGUAUCACUUAAUGGGUACUUACUGUAUGUUGGCUAUCGUCAUUUUUUAAACGAUACCAGCACUAAUACUUAAGAUAACUGUUAUUAUAGCUGUAUGAAGGACUUCAAAGUGGUAGAUUGAGUUCCUUCCGUAAACUAAUAUGACAAUCAAACUCACAUCCCAUCAACAGCCAAUUCUACCCUGAGAUAUAUUACACUGCAUGAAUUCCAGCAUUGUCGCCAGACACAACGCAGCCCAUUGGGAAUGAUGUCACGGCACCAAAGGACCGAGGCAGGAGACCAAUGUGUGAAGGGAUGAAAGAGGUAGAGGAGCUUUUGAUUGAACAGGAACAGAAUAGGGGGAGAGGUCAACUACAGGAUGAAGAAGCCAUGGAAAGAGAAAUAAGCAAGAGCACCACCUAUUAACCACUUCAGCCCCAAACCGCCUCCAAUCGUUCCUUAACCAGACAAAGUCCACCCCUCGGUGAACUCCGCCCACUUGUUCUCCCCCCCUAAAAUAUCUCUAUUGUCACAGCUCAUUGACAUUCCUCUACCCCGUCCCACCCCCUCCACUACCUCUUCCUCCCACCCACCGUCCCAACAGUGCAAACUGCAGAUUGGCGAGCACCAACAGGUGCUUGCCCCGCAGGCUUCCCAGUACAAACACAUUCCGCCCUCUCGUCACUCCCAGCAAUGCGCACCCAAUCAGGCCGUGCUUUCACCCAUGGAGCCAUGGCCCCAAAGAGAUGACGGGACAGGAGAGGGAGAGCUGAACAGUGUGUGCUGCUGAAGGUGCCAACUAGCUGCAGUCCUACUGAAGGUGUGCGUGUAGCUGAGAGCCAGAAAGGUGUGUCUUUUUAGGACCCAUUGAGAUUCCAGGUGAGGGCGCGGAGGGGUCAAAGGGCCGGUAUAGCAGAGAGUGGGGCUUCUGACUGAACAUAGAAGUGAAAGAUGUCAUGACUGUCAUGAUGGGACAAAUAAAGAUGAGCACGAUCAUUCAUGCGAGGAUGAACGUAUUUGUCAUCGUAUGCAGCUGCCUCUGUCUCACUUUUGCUGGAGCCUCAGAAAUGGAGAGGAGGCUCCAUCAAAAGCUGUUUGAGAACUACAACUUGAAAGUCAGACCAGCUCCUCACUGGGAGGACAAGGUGAUGGUUCGAGUGGGGAUGACCCUCUCACAGCUCGUCAGCCUGAACGAGAAGAACGAAGAGAUGACAACCAACGUGUUCAUGAACCUGGCAUGGAUAGACUAUAGGUUGUCAUGGAAGCCAGAGGACUAUGACAACAUUGAAGUUUUGAGGAUUCCUCCCAACAAAGUGUGGCGUCCGGACGUCUACCUCAUAAACAAUAAUGACGGUCAGUUCGACGUGGCUCUCUACGUCAACGUCUUGGUUUACAAUGAUGGGACAGUGAACUGGCUUCCACCAGCUAUCUACCGCAGCUCCUGCUCUAUAGAGGUGUCGUACUUCCCAUUUGACUGGCAGAACUGCAGCAUGGUUUUCCGCUCGUACACCUAUGACGCCUCUGAGGUGGAGCUGCAGUACUUUCUGGACGAUGAAGGCAAAGAGAUUCAGGAGAUUGUUAUAGACGAGAACGCUUUCACUGAAAACGGAGAAUGGGCCAUCUGUCACAAACCCUCCAGAAAGAACGUCAAGGAGGACCUGUACGAGGACAUCACCUUCUACCUCAUCAUAGAGAGGAAGCCUCUCUUCUACAUCAUCAACAUCAUCGUGCCCUGCAUCCUCACCGGCGUGUUGGCUAUAUUUGUCUUCUACUUGCCUCCUGGAGCAGGAGAGAAGAUGACUCUCUCCAUUUCCGUCCUCAUCGCUCUCACUGUUUUCAUGCUUCUGCUGGCUGACAGGGUCCCCGAGACUUCCCUUGGCAUCCCAAUUAUUGUCAACUACGUCAUGUUCACCAUGAUCCUGGUCACUUUCUCUGUCAUCCUCAGCGUAGUUGUCCUCAAUCUGCACCACCGAACGCCCAGCACGCAUAUCAUGCCGACCUGGGUUCGAAAGGUGUUCAUUCACUUCCUGCCCAAGUACAUCGGCAUGGAGAGGCCAAACCCAGAAGAGCCUCUGUUGAAGGAGGAGGAGUCUGGUGAUGACUCGCCCAUCAGAAGCUUCAAUGGCCGGCAGCCUGGAGGAGAGUACUUCUUUCGAAAGAUCAACCCUGAUCUCGUCAUACCCUGGAGGGGCCGGUGUGAGAGCACGGUGCACCUCCAGCGGCUCCCGGACACUGACAGCUACUGUCUGAUCCUCCCUCCCAACCUGAAGUCGGCCAUCUCUGCCGUGACGUACAUGGCCGAUCAGCUGAAGAAGCAGGACACGGAUGACACGAUGACAGGGGACUGGCAGUACAUCGCCCUCGUGGUGGACCGUCUCUUCCUGUGGUUGUUCGUCAUCAUCACCACUCUGGGCACCCUGGCCAUGUUCUUGGAUGCUAGUUUCAACUACACGCCCGACAACCCCUUCCCUUAGAAGACGAAACACAAAUACUCAAACACAGUCGGAGCUUUUGUUUGAUCCAUUGUUUGCUCGUCACUUCUCUCUUAUUGGUGAUUUCUGAGAUCACCGGAUUUGACUUUCCAUAACACACCUAUUCCAUAUUUCUGUGGUGAGCGUAUGAAAUGUUCUGUAAGGUCAUAUUUGCAUAAAGUAGAACCAUAUACACACAAUCUACAUAACAGAAUCCAUGUGUAGAUUUAUAGAAGGUAAAUGUGGUGACACUCAUUGGUUUUGCAUUAUUUUUUUUGUCUAAAUCAUGUAUUGAACACAUUGUGUUACUUGUUUUUGUUUCAGUCUGAAAGCUUGAAAUACAUUUGUUCUCGUAA